GCGUGGGCGCGAAUCAAAAUUUACAAGAUCUUUCCCUAUCAGAAUGUUGUGAUGCUCCCAUAUGUAACCUCCUUUUUCUCGGCCGUUUGCCGGCAGAUCUCGCCCGAUCGGGAAUUUUAAUGUAGCAAGAGAUGACUUCGAGGAUGAAGUUACGGGUUUCAACGGAUAUUUGCGCGGAUUGCAGCGCUCCCGCGCCAGAAUGGGCUUCUCUGAAUCGCUGUGUGAUGAUUUGCGAUGAGUGUUGUAGCGUUCACAGAAGUCUUGGCCGCCAUGUCUCGCAAGUAAAGCAUUCAAAACAUCCAAUAUGGCCUCCAACCUUACACACGAUGGUGGUUCAACUUGUCAACCAUGGUGCAAACUCCAUUUGGGAACACAACUAUUGUACUCCCACGAUGGAACAUGGACAGUCAAAAACCACUAUCCGGAAACCAAAUCCUAAAGAUAAUGUGCAUCCAACAAAGUCUAACUUCAUCAAAGCCAAGUACCAAAAACUAUCAUUUGUACACCGUUUAUCCAGUAAAGAUGACGAUGCCUCACAGUUGGGCCUGCAACUGCAUUCUUGUGUGAGAACAACCAACCUAGAAACUAGCUUAAGGCUGUUAUCAAUGGGAGCACCAGCGAACUACAUGCAUCCUGAGAAAGGCAACAGCCCACUUCACAUUGCCGCUAAUGCCGGGCAGGCUCUACAAGUUGAGCUUUUAGUUGUCCAUGGUGCUGAUCCAACGAUAUUGGAUAUGAAUGCCAAGACACCAAUAGAUUACGCAAUAGAAGCCGGCCACAGGGACUUAGCCCAGCGACUGUUUGAGUUACAGUUUGACCUGACAGACAGGUUGACAUACUACUUGUGCGGAAGAAGACCAGAUCACCAUAGUGGAGCUAGAUACCUUAUACCAUCUAUUGCUGACAGUUGCCUGGAUCUGUCUGUAGAUGCACAGAAAGCAAAGUUAAAAUUAAAAGCACUCAGCAACCACCUAUUUGAAGAGCUUGCUGCUGAUGUGUAUGAUGAAGUUGACAGAAGAGAAUGUGACUCAAUAUGGCUGGCAAAUCAAAACCACAGUGCACUAGUUAAUGACACAACUACAGUCCCCUUCUUACCUGUAAACCCUGGAUUCUCAUCUACACGCAAUCAGGGAAGACAGAAACUCGCAUUGUUUAAUGCCCAGGAGCUCACUACACUCAUCAUAGAUAUUUUAAAUGAAGCUCGGCGAAGGGAGCAAGACUCGAAUCCUGAUCUUGCACAAGGGUAUAUGGACUCUGGUAUAUUCCCGAUUGAGGAGGACAUGUCACAUGACUACGAUGAAGUGCCGUCUGAUGAUGAACAUGCUCCAUCAGAACAGCAAAAUGCAGUCCUGCCAAGAUCUCAGAAACUUAGUUCGAUUGAAAAGGGCACUUCGACAAGCUUUGUUCUGGAGGACACGGUGCCAAUGGAAAAUUAUCUUGAGCUAAAGCGUGCAUUAGCCACAGCGGAGGCUCGCAUCCAGCAGUUGUUACAAGUUAACGCUUCUAUGAGUCAAGGCAUACAGGAGCUCCAGUCAGUGGUUCAGAAGUUACGCGAGGACAAGCUGAUACUCCAACGGCAACUAGGGGUCGCAGACGAUCUCCCUGAGGCCGAUUCUGUAUUCGAUAGCUUGACCUCGCCACAUACUUACGAUAACGCUCAUCAGUACAGCAACGCAGACAUUCUACUUAGUCUGGAAAACGCAAUGCCGCAAAUUCCACUCGCACCAAACGAAGAUGAUGACGACGAUGAUCACGUGGAUAUCGACGAAAUCACGCCUUACGCAUGCCCAGGAGCCCUGCUGAAGAAGAACGCAUCGCAGGCUCAAACACCAGCUAUGGAACAGAGAAGUGAUCAAUCGCCUGGUGGCAAGAAGCCAAACCCGUACGACAACGUACCCAAUGAAGACGUGGAUGAUGAGGAGGCCCCACGCAUUAACGCCUCAGAGGGGAGACGUGAACCAACUGAUAGCCAGAUCGACGAGGAGGCCGAGCGCCUGAUCCAUGAGGCCGAGGAUAUGGUGUCUGCAGCAGCGCGUGAGUUUGAGCCUUCCCAAGAGGACGUGGUCAGAUGCACAGAGCAGAUCACCAAGAAGAUCCAGGAGCUACUCCUGUCCGCACAAGCAGGCAGACAUAGCAGGUUUAUACCUUGUUCCAGUAAUAUAUACACCGCCGUUAACGACAUGGCUGGACUUUUCCCCGAGAACCCGGAUGUCGAUGCAGUGCGCGUGUCCUUGCAGUUGAUGGUCAGCAGUGCUGCUCGUCUGCAGGUGGAAUGUAAGAGUGCGGUGUUGCCUGGCAACACCGUGGACAUGGCUUUCCUCACGCAGCAAGUCAUCCAGUGCGCGUACGACAUCGCCAAGGCGGCCAAGCAACUCGUCACGACCUUCUCUGUGGAGUAGACUUACCGGGCGCAUUAUGUAGCUCGCCUCACCCCACCCCACCCCCCUAAGCUACGUCUAUCGAUUCUUGUCAUAUAACAACGCCUAUUAAAGGCUUGUCAUAUAACUGGGAUAUAUGUACAUUACUGCUUUGAUGUUGGUGCAUUUUGAGACUUGAGUCGCUUUACACGGCUCGGAUGGAACUAUCGCCUGACCUAAUGUAGAGCAUGACACCGAUGCGUUGCGUGACUUGGAUUUCUUGAAGGAUACAUUACAUGACCUGAUGUAGAGUAGGAAUGCGAUGCGUUGCGUGACUUGAAUUCCUUUAUGGAUACAUUACAUGACCUGAUGUAGAGCAGGAAUGGGAUGCGUUGCGUGACUUGAAUUCCUUGAUGGAUACAUUACAUGACCUGAUGUAGAGCAGGAAUGGGAUGCGUUGCGUGACUUGAAUUCCUUGAUGGAUACAUUACAUGACCUGAUGUAGAGCAUGACACCGAUGCGUUGCGUGACUUGGAUUUCUUGAAGGAUACAUUACAUGACCUGAUGUAGAGUAGGAAUGCGAUGCGUUGCGUGACUUGAAUUCCUUUAUGGAUACAUUACAUGACCUGAUGUAGAGCAGGAAUGGGAUGCGUUGCGUGACUUGAAUUCCUUGAUGGAUACAUUACAUGACCUGAUGUAGAGCAGGAAUGGGAUGCGUUGCGUGACUUGAAUUCCUUGAUGGAUACAUUACAUGACCUGAUGUAGAGCAUGACUCCGAUGCGUUGCGUAACUCUGAUUUCUUGAUGGAUACAUUGCGUUACGUGACCUGAUGUAGAGCAUGACACCGAUUCGUUGCGUGACUUGAAUUCCUUGAUGGAUACAUUACGUGACCUGAUGUCAGUUGCUGUUUUGAUACAAAUCGUAGCGCACUGAGUUACGGGUGUAAUAAUUUUGUCUGCUUGAGGACAAUACGUGGCAUAGGUGUAACGUCAUGUAAUGUGACCAAGCCAUAGGUUGCCAUAUUUUAAGGGGAGGGGGGGGGGGGGGGCGCUGAUAGAAUCUAAAAGAAGUCUCACCAAAAAAUAGGUAACAACAUUAAGUAGGGGGAUGGCGCUGUUACUUACUAUCUAAGAAAAUGUGUCCAUGUCAUUGGUAGCUACAUAGGAGACUACAAGAAAUCAGAGUUGUCAAGUUAGUAGAAAUAAAGCAGAAAGUAGCGGUGAGAGAGAUUUGCUACGCGUGAAAAUAUCCUCUUUUGAAAUGUUUUGAUAUUAAUGACGACUAAAUCAAGAUUUCGAUCCAUGCCCACGUGAUAUAUAUAAUCUCAAAACGUUUACCUUAGGUUUUUCAAUUUACGACCAAUUUAUAGGGAAUCCAAAUAUAUAACAUUAAAAAAUAGCAUACUAAAACUACUAUACUAUUUGAAAAGUACAAAUAAAUGAUA